CUAAGAACCCAAAUCUUCUCAAUGGGGAGCCAAAUGAAGAAGCAAUGGCUUCAUUUUGCUUGUGCUUUAGCAUUUUUGUUGAUUGCAACUUGCACCAUGGCAUAUUCACCCGAUUCUUAUAAAUCACCAGUUCCAUCAUAUAAUCAAGUGCCAGUGUCAAAAGACAAUUACGAAGUGCUACAAGUGGCCAAGAAUGAUUACAAGGUAUCUUCCGCGCCUAAACAAGAAUACAAGGCAUCAUCUUUGCCAAAGAAUAACUACUACACGAAUCCAUCUUUUCCAAAAGAUAAUUACAAGAAGGUGCCAUACGUUCCAAAAAAUAACUACUACAAGACACCCACAGUGCCUAAGCCGGAAAACAAGAUACCAUCUUUGCCAAAGAAUGACUACUACAAGAAACCAUUUGUUCCAGAAUAUAACUACAAGAAGGUGUCAUCUCUUCCAAAAGAUAAAUACUACAAGGUACCUUCUGUGCCUAAACAAGAAUACAAGGCGCCAUCUUUGCUAAAGAAUGACUACUACCAGACACCAUCAGUUCCAAAAGAUAACUAUUACAAGACACCCUCAAUGCCUAAACAUGAGUACAGGCUGCCAUCUGUACCAAAGAAUGAUUACUUCAAAAAGUCACCAAUUCCAAAGAAUAACUACAAGGUGCCAUCUGUUCCAAAGGAUAACUACUAUAAGGUACCCGUAGUGCCUAAACCAGAAUAUCAGGUGCCUUCUGUACCAGAGAAUAACUUCUACAAAAAGCCAUCAGUUCCGAAGAAUAACUACAAGGUGCCAUCUGUUCCAAAGGGUAACUACUAUAAGGUACUCGUAGUGCCUAAACCAGAAUAUCAGGUGUCAUCUGUACCAAAGAAUGACUACUACAAAAAGCCAUCAGUUCCAAAAACUGACUAUUACAAGGUACCCUUAAUGCCUAAACAAGAAUACAAAGUGCCAUCUUUGCCAAAGAAUAAGUAUUACAAGAAACCUUCAGCUUCUCAUCCACCACCAUACUACUAUAAUUCGCCCUCUCCCCCUUCACCAUCACCACCACUUCCUUACUCUUAUCAAUCAUCUUCAACUCCUUCUCCAUCACCACCUCCUCUAUAUUAUUAAAUUUC